AUGGCACAGCCGUUAGGGGAUAUUUCAGGCUUCUCUGAAGAUGAAAAUGGGUUAGGUCGUCCAAGGCCACGCCCUCGCCGUGGGGCUUCAGUAAGAUCGGCCACAUCGUCGGGCCCUGAAAGACCUCGGAGAUCCUCAGUACACUCCUCGAGCCUGGUAUCCAAUGAACUUCCUCCGAUAGUCCCAAGCCCUGUAUCAUAUACAGAAACACAGGCCGCAGAGUCUGCAACAGCCAGAUCGUUAGCCAACUUGAUUCCGCCUAUAGUCGAAGCCCCACAGAUAGCACCCAUAUCCCAAGUAUCCCAGACACCACAAAGCCUCAAUGAGGCCAGAUAUUCAAUAUCAAAUCAUAGCCAAAUAGAAAAUCGGCGGGCUUCUAUAAUUUCCGGGGACCAUAACUCAUCUUCAAGUCCCGCUGAGUCUCAGUUUGUCCGCCGUACAGCGGAACCAGCAGAACGAGGGACACAAGAGAAGCCACCAAUGUUGAAAAGACAGGAACGAACCCCUGGGAUUAGAAUAGUUCGACCAGGGAGUGCCGGCUCAACAUCGCAGGGAUCUUUGCAGAAGCCUGACAUAGAUGCGUUGAUUGUUGGAGGACGCCCAGCAAGGAAGUUAGGGACAAUUGAAGUUGCCUCACUUAUUAUAAACAAGAUGAUUGGGAGUGGAAUCGUAACCGGGCCUGCACAGGUACUUCUCUACACGGGGCGGAAAGACUACGCCUUACUCCUAUGGGGUUUGGGGUUUCUUUAUACCCUUGUUUCUGUAGUCAUAUUCGUGGAAUUUGGCUAUAAAUUCAGAGUGACUGGUGGGGAGUUGGUUUAUCUUGACGAGCUAUUCAAAAAGCCAAAGCUGCUGUUCGUGACGAUAUUUGCCGGCCAAUUUAUUCUGUUUUGGAACACGGCAACGAACUGCUCUCAGGCAGCUCGUCAGAUUAUUGCUUGUGCGGAUAAAUCGCUAGACACCAACAAUGUCUACGACGGACAGGAUACUCGCCUUAUCGCUUUUAUCGCGAUUGUCAUAUCGUCAUUCGUCUGUCUCCUCCACUACUUUUCUACAGCAGCUGGAAGAGUAACAAAUGUCGCGUUCGCCGUUUUCAAAGUCGUUAUGCUCCUCAUCCUUCUCGGGCGUGGUGCUUGGUUUUCGGAGACGUUCAAACAAGGAGGGGAUUGGAAGGCUCAACCAAACCCCAUUGAAUGGAAGUCCUUUACAUACGCUACAUUCAUCGUCCUGUUUGCCUUCCAAGGCUGGGAGAAUGCGUCCUUCGUGGCUGGCGAAGUCGACAUUGCGAAGACAAGAGCUUUGCGCAAUGGAUACUAUAUCGCGGUGUUGCUUGUUGGAUUUUUAUAUCUCUUCGUCAAUGUUGCUUUCCUCACAGCUUUCGAGUUCGUCGUAGGGGGUACUCCAGAUGGAGUUGCAGCUAUCCUAAGUAGCGGUAGAGUUCCAAUAGAGGUCCUUGCCAGUGACGGCUAUGCGGCUCGGUAUUGGGGUAGUACCCCUGAUGCGGUAAGGGCAUGGACUGUGCUCUUAACCUUAUCUGCUCUCGGAAAUGUCCUAGCUGUGACUUAUACAUGCGGUCGAGUCAAGCAGAUGAUUGGCCAGGCGUAUGUUUUCCCCUGGUCUCGACUAUGGGCGCGGGAAUCAAGGUUUAACACCCCGUCUGGAGGACUUCUUCUCCACUGGAUCUGUACCUGCAUCCUCAUUCUCAUCUCAGUCAGAAUUCCGAAUUCAAAGGGGAUUCAGCUGCCAGGAUCUCUACAAGCGUAUUCACAUGCAGCAGUUGCCCUUGCGGUCACGGUUGCCUUUUGCUUCUUUACAGCCCCGCUAGUAGAUGGACAAGAAACUUACCAAUGGUCUUGGUUGAAAUUAAAACGAGUUUCCUGGCCAAUAAUAACGGUUUCUAUUCUAAUGAACCUUGCCAUGAUCUGUCUUCCCAUCAAGUCCGCUGUCCCAGACUCCUCCGUUCCCGGCUGGGUCUUUGCCGCAAGCUGUUUCUCAGCAGUUAUCGGCAGUAUAUUAUAUUACUUCAUUCUUUUCCCAGUUGAAGAUUACAUGGAACCAUCCAAUAAAUGGAAAAAGUGGAGUCUUCUAAGACUGGCAGGAGUCAGCUGGAGUAUCCGCCUCGUUGAGGAAGACAUUUACAAUGAGAGAUGGGAAAGAUUCCAAAGAACUUCCAGACAUUUUGAGGGUUCAACCUCCAAAGUGGGGUAUCAAGACGAACAGAUAAAGCAAUUUGGCGAACGAAAAAUGGUUUACUAUACGCUCGACCCAGUUAUGAUUGGUAAUCAGGCACAUCAGCCGAGCACCACUAGGAGGUUGGUGUUCUGGUUUUUCGGUGGAAGCUUCAAUAACAAGACCUACAAGAGCCCUUGGACUGAGUGGGCCCUGAAAAAGCCAAACUUCCAAGGUGCAAAUUUUCUCGCCAUCUUUAGACAGAAGGAAUCCGUGCCACCCGGUCUGAGUAUGCAGGAUGUCCAGUAA